AUGUCUGUACAAAUUACUCCAAAACGGGGUUUCUUUUUGGAUUUAAGCUUUUACGCCUUGUGUGUUAAGGCAUGCCCAAAGACGCAGCCUUUCCAAGCUGAAAUCCGAAGCUAA